UUUCAGGACGCUUGACAAUAUUUAGAGUGCAGUUUUGACAAUGUUGAUCGUCUGCAAGAAAGCUUUCAAAGGAUUGCAUGCAGCUUCUUCAACGUGUAGUAUAUAGUUUCCAUGUGUUAUAUGAAAUUUUUCAUCGCCCCAAAAUGGAGAACAGCCUCUUAAAACGAUGUUACGGAAGGAGCACCUGAUAAACAUUUGUCAUGUUCCGCAUCCUGAACUGCGGAGGCUCGUGACGAACUGUCAAUCUCUGAAGUUUCUGUUUUCGAUGUCACAAGAAGCAGGGGAGUAUCUCACAUGAUUACACCCACCAAUACCCAGCCUCGUCUGUCUGCAAAAACGGGUUAAUUCUUACCCAAACAUGUCAUCACACUAACAUUUAAAGAUCAUACUUACUGGACCUUGUCACUUCAUACUCGCAUAUUAGCUUGUGAAUAAUACUUUCUGUUUUACACAGUGGUAGUUUAAAUUCAAGCCAUUGCGAGAUGAGAAAAAUGCUUCCGGGUGUUGGAGUGUUUGGAACCACAGCAGUAAUUAAAUGUGUUGUACCUAUCCUUAAGAUAUGUGGUUUCAAUGUUGUCGCGCUGUGGGGAUGUACAGUUGAAGAAGCAGACGCCUUAGCAAAGGAACUUGGUAUUCCACACAGCACUAACAAGGUCGAUGAGGUUCUUCUCGACAAAGAUGUCGAUCUGGUUGUCAUCAGUUGUUCACCACAUCUCCAGGCUCCUAUUGUUGUGAAAGCUUUGAGAAUUGGGAAGCAUGUUUUGUGUGGGUCGCCAUUUGGACCAAGCGAAAAGGAAGCUCUUCAUAUGGUCAAUGCAGCUCGGUACUAUCCUCGACUGAUGUCGUUGAUGUGUCAUGGAUUACGAUUUUUACCAAUCGUGUCCAAAAUGAAAACUUAUAUAGAAGAGGGAUAUGUUGGCGAUGUGACAAUAUGUGAAGUUAAGGUGCAUUAUGGGGCAUAUCCAAGGGAGAAGUUUGAUUGGAUGUGUGACGAACUAAUGGGAGGUGGCGUUCUCAAUGCAAUGGGAAGCAAUAUCAUUGACAUUGUCACUUUUCUCACCUCACAGAAAGCGUUACGAGUGCAUGGAAUGCUGAAGACAUACACAAAACAAACUGAGAAGAUUAAGGGUAUUAGAGAAAUUACAAGUGAUGAUUUCUGCACAUUUCAAAUGGAAAUGGAAAAAGGUGCCAGCACAACAGUAACAGUUAACUCUCACAUGCCAGGCCAAUUUACUCAAGAGAUAAUAGUUAUUGGAACGAAGGGGAGAUUGGUUGCAAGAGGUGCAGACCUUUUCGGGCAAAAACAUGACAAACUGAAGGAAGAUCUGUUGCAUUUUGAUCAUGGCAAUAUCAAGGAAGACAAAAAGUUUGGUAUUUCUGAUCAAGCAAAAAAAGAGAUACCCAUUCCUUAUCUGAAGGGAAUGAUUCGUAUGAUUGAAGGGGUUAAAGAUGCUUUUGGAAGGGAGGAAGAACGACAGAGCUGGUGCACAGAACCUCUGCAGCUUGCAGCUACAUUUGAAGAUUCCUUCUACGUGCAGACUGUUGUUGAUGCAGUUCGUCGCUCCAGCAAACAAAAGGAAUGGGUAAAGGUAGUGUUGAUGACCGAAGACCCAGAGCCAAACCCCUAUCUCUCUGCAGCAAUGAGAAGAAGCACAUUCUCAUUACAAUAACUGCACAUGUUUAAGAACAAACUUAACUGAAUCUCUUAUCUUCUGAACAAAAAGUUAAUAUUCAAAUCACUACACAAUGACUUUAAAUCAGAGGGCAUGUUUUUGUGCUAGAUCUCAUUCAUAGAUAUUUUAUGUCUUCAGUGAGGGGCUAGAGCUGUAUUUUUAUGUCAAAACUGUUCUUUCUGAUUUUACAGAGACAUAUAUUCAUCUUUAGAAUUUAAUGCUAUCUCAUGAAGAUUCAGACUAUGGUGUCUACUUAAGAAAUGCAGAAAUGUGUGGUUUUAGUCCAACAUGACCAGAAUUCUUGUGGAUGAUUUUCUUAAUUCAUUCCAUAUAGUUUAUGAUUCAUCACACGCUGUACUGAAUUAUUGUCACAAAUCAUCAGAAAAUUAUGGACAUUAUUGGUUAUGUUUUUAUGGUACAUAUUGAUGUGAUUUCAAGUGCAAAAUAUAUUUAGCCUCUUUGUUCCAAAAUUUUUAACAGCUGAUGCCCUUGUAAACAUAUUCUCAUUUUCUUUCUGUGACACUGACAGAUGUGUAAAAUAUGAAAAAAAUAUGUAUAUUAUUCACUCUUCUCAACCAGUAUGACUGAGACAUUUAAAGAAAUGUGUAACAGGGAAAAUAAUGGCUUGUCUUUUUAGUUAAGUUUCUGAGUAGCUUUAUGAAUUGAAAAACCAUCCUUUCCUAAUUGUGACAUGCUUGUUUUAUGAUUAUAUGGAAAGGUCUUCCUGCAGUUGUUUUUAAUUCCUAAAUGUCCGAAAAUAUUUUUCUUUAUUUAUCAUGUUUGUAUUUUUCAUUAUUUAUCAUGCUAGCUGAAGUGCCAAUAGUUUUGUUUUCAUCAGAAAACAGGUCAUCACAACAUAGGGCAUAUUCACCAAUAUUUGAAACACUUUGCAGGGCUCAAUAUAAGUAUUUAGAACCUGCCACUGUUGCAACCUUAAACUUCAAAAUGCAACUUCAUAUAUAUACCAACUUGCACCCAGUUCAUGUACCGGUAUAUAUAUCUUGCUGUACAAAGAACACAGACUCCAGUGGGAAAACAAUGAUUAGGAACUGGCUUGGAGAAGUGACUCUGAUGACUGCACAGGCAUUUAUUUGAUGGUCAUGUCAUGAAAUUUGGUGAAGUAAGAUGAAAUGAUCUUAUCAGAACCAAAUCAUCAACAUGAACACUCAAGCAUUAUAUAUAAUUUUUGUUGAUUAGCAGGUGCUACCUGUUUUUGUCUGAUGGAACAAGCUUAAGUAAGGUUGCACGGGUGCAAGUAUGUUUCAUGCCCUGCUUUUUUGGGAGAAAAAUGUCUGCAGGAAUGAGGGUCAGAGGUAAUAGAAUGGACAGGGCUGCUGUCAUAUUUAUUUCCCAAGAAUUAACUUCAAGAUUUCUUUUGCGUUUAUGAAGGUAUUUACAUAGAAGAUUUACACAGUAUGUACACCAAAUUUUAUCUUUCUACCUCCAUAAAUGCAAAACAUAUGUCAAUUCUUAAAUGUUUUUUAUAAGUUGACAUUCUCCUUAUUUGAAACAUAAAUACACUAAAUUCAAAUACCUUAACUCGAAAGGUUUGAAAAGUCACAAUUUGUAAAAUGAAUAGAUAACUGGGUGAACUAUGCAAUUCAUUUUAAACUUGACUGAUCAGCUACUUAUGUUAUUUUUAUGUUUCCAAAUAAUUUUAUGUUUUCCAAUUACAUGAGAUUAAUGUAUGGGUAUGCAAUUGGAAAAUGUGGAAGAUUAUGGAUUAGAAAUCUCAUUCCAGUUUCUGGUAUUUUUAAAUAUUUUCAUAAUAAUACUCCUGGUGAUUUCUUCAUUUUAAAUCAAUAUAUUUCAUUGCACUUCUCAGUUUAUGAUUGCCGAAGAGAUGCAAUAACGUUUAAGCCCGAGAAUUUGACAUGAUUGAUAAUUGGAGAACUAAAAGAUCUAUAUUAUCUUACAUCAGAAUCAGGCACACAUGACAAUGUAUAAUAGGUCCAUAUAUGAUAUAUUCAGAGGUCAUAAUACCCCAAUAUAUAUUCAGGGAUUUUUUUUAAGAUGUAGCAUCAUGAUCAUCAUCAUGUGUGUGAUGUGCCGAAUAAUAAAGGCUGGAAGUGAGCAGUUCGAAACUUUUAUCUUAGAUUAAAAUUUAAAUGCCUCAUUUUUUAUUUUGCGAUAACUGGCCUGUUAGUUUUUCUGAUAACAACUUUUCAGUAGAUGUACAACUCCACAGCUCUUAGAGAUAAGAGUUUUCUGCAUGUGUACAGAAUAUUCCAGAUUCCGUUGUGUCUAGGGUCACUUUUAUGAUUGAUCCCAUUAUAAUAUGUCAAUUGAUCAUAUAGUCCCCCAGAUUCCUGGUUAACUAUGAAAAGAUAAUAAAUCUGUUCUUAUCCCGGAGCUCUAAUCAGCAAGCUUUACUUAAAAAAUAAAGAGUAUCAGUGUCAGAUAAAAUUAAACUUUUUUAAAGUAAUAGAAAGAAUGGCUGUUCCUGUUCUAAUCGUUCCUUGAUGUGUUGAUAUUUUUAAAUGUUACUAGUAUUUGUGCAUAUCUCUUUAGGGAAAUGACAACAUUUUGCAUAAAGUUCUCAAGGGUAUGUCUUGGGAUAUAUAUUUUAUGUGUGCUCAGGUUUUUAUCCAACAUCAAAAUUUGAUCUGUUCAGUUGAGAGAUAUUAUUGUGACAUGGACACAAUUACUGAAGGACAUUGUUGUCUGGUCCAGUAACUGAAGCAGACAUCCAGCAUAUCUGGAGUCUCAUUGUCAGUAAUUAUCAGUACUUGUUAGGGGUGAAACGGUAUACUGCGGUAUUAGUAGAACUGCAGUAUUUUGCCUUCAGUUCGGUAUACUGUAAUGCAGUCCAAACAUUCAGUAUUUUCGGUUUUGGUACCGUCAUUUUAUUAACCUUCUUAAACCUUUUCUAAAAUGUCUAGAAAUCGAAUCAUUU